AAAGCGUUGGUUCUCAGUUUUCCCCUUCUUAGCGUACAUAACAAACAGCCAGCAACUGAAGCAGAAAUCGCAGCUCAAAAUCCCAAAAGAAAGAAAAAAAUGGAGGAGGAGAGCACGCUGCAUCUCGAACUGCACAAGUUAUCUUGCGUCAACUCCGAUGAAACCAUGGACACCAUUCUCCGAAGCAUCUGGAACACCCGCAAAACUGGUCUCCGUGGCGCCGAUAAGUCAAAAUUGCGGUCACUCCUUCACCUCUCUUCUCCCUCACAACUCGACCCUGUCUUGGCAUGCCUUCGCUCGCUUGUCCGAAAAUGCGCUUAUCAAAACUUUGCCAGCAAUGAGCUUGUGAAAUUGUUUCCUCCUGAUCUUCCACUAGACUUACAAAGCAUUCUCCUAUUGUCUCUCCAAAAGAACCAAGAACAGUGGAGGGAAGAUAUAGCCCGAGAACAGGAUUUCUCUCCGAGGACAAGUGUUUCCUAUCAAGUAAGAGCAAAUGUCCCUCCAUCUUUUACUUCACUGCCGUCCUCUGAGAUGCAGAUGUCACCAUCUCUGUGGCCACGCCAAGAUGAUUCUAUUGCCCAACUGAACCACAAUGAUUUUGGGAUUUCAGCAGCACUCGUUCCCAAUGUAGAUCUCUCUGGCCUGCCUGCAUGCUUCCAAUGUGACACUGCUCCUGCUGAAAACUUGGGAAACCUUCCUUGCGUCAAAUCAAUGACUUGGACCAUGGAGAACCGUGGCUCUUCUCCUGCAGAUAGAAUGGCUAUAAUUAACCUCAAGCUGCAUGAUUAUAGCAAGUCCACGUUAGGCGAAACAGAGGUGAAGUUUCAGCUCACAAAGGACACACUUGAGGCUAUGCUGAGAUCAAUGACAUACAUCAGUGAACAACUAAGUGCAGUUAGGACAUCUUCCGGACCAGCCAACAAGAAGCACAAGCAAUAGUUUCUUUUUGUUUAGUUUUUUUCUUCUUUUUUUUUUAAGUGAUUAGCACUGUAGGUCAUAAGUCACAUUAUACCUAACAAUAGUAAGGAUAAUAUAUACUAAUGUAUCAUCCUUUUAGAUAGAGCAACAAUUAAGAAGGUGAAAAAGUAGUAGCUAAUGAUCUAUAUAUGUUGUAAUGGCGCAUUUGACUCAAGAAUAUAAUGUUAGGGGUAAACAAAUAUGAGUAAAGUAUCAACCCGGUCCUGUCCAUUUUCUCGAAUGACAACGCGAUCCUUAACCAAAAACACGAUUCAUUUCGGUGCCUAACCUUGUGCUCCAUCUGUCAAUGCGGUCCUUCUGUCACUUUCACGGCGAAAACUUGACGGAAAUUGUUGACGUGUAUAGGUAAGUGGAUGACAUGGAUGGCCUAGGUGGUUACCUGGAAGAUGGAAGCCCAUGUGGCUAGGUGAAAUGGACAAGGGCCUAUCUGUCCUCGUCCACAACACACAAAUGCCGUCGUUUUGAGGUUUCCAGGCGUCUUUAUUAGACAAGUCUGGUCGUCUCUCUCCCUUGUUUCGUGUAUAGAACCUAGACCACCAUGAGCAAUAGCAGAGAGCAUGGAAGUGGAAGAGAUGCGUCAAAUGAUGAGGAUAGGAGUAUUUCUGUGAGCUCCGUUGGCAGUGCUGAAGCGAGGAAGAAAAAAAAGAUUCGUUAUCCAAAAAUGCAAUUGUGGGAUUCAUGCAAUUCUAUUCAUGUUGUCAACACAAUCAAACCCUAAUAAGAUAUUCUUUGGAUGCCCAUAUUUCAAGGUAUGAAAUAAUUAGUUAUGUUCUUAUUCCUGUUAAGAUCUGUAGCAAGCAUCUCUUCUUUGCAAUUCUAGUUUUGCCAUUUUUUACUGUGCAAACUGCAGAAUCUUAUUGCAAAUAUUUUCUAUGGCUGGAUAAAUAUGUUUCACUGUUUGAAGAGGAGCAAAUAAAUGAUCACAGUCUUUGUGAUCGGAAUCCAAAGCAAAAUCAUUUGUUGGAUGCAGCUGUUUCGAUGGAGGAGAAAGUGACUAAGCUAGAGGAUAGAGUUUCUGGCUUAGAGUUGCAGAUGAAAAAUUCUAGGCAUGUUAAAUGUAUUAGGGGUUAGUUAUCCAUUAAUGGCUCUUGUGUUUGUCUUUGGAGUUGUAUUUGCAAAUUAUCUCCGAUAAAUUGGAUAACAGAUAAUAGGUCUAUGAUGUUUUUGUUUUGGAAGUGCAUGUUGCUGAAAUAGUUGUAUCACCUAACAGUGUAAAUCUGAUUUUAUUAAAUGGAAUAG